GCUCGCAGCGGAGGCCGGAGGGGCCGGGUUGUCAGUGGCGGGGGCGGCGGCAGGCUGCGGGGCCCCAGACGGGCGCGGCGUCGCUGCGGGUUGGUCUGCCCCUGCUUCCAUAGUUUUCAGAUUUGUACAAGAGCAGCAGAAAAUGAAUACAUCUCUGGGACCAGUGUCUUUCAAUGAUGUGGCUGUGGGCUUCACCCAGGAGGAGUGGCGGCAGCUGGAUGCUGAUGAGAAGACAACAUACAGGGAUGUGAUGCUGGAGAAUUACAGCCACCUUGUCUCCCUGGGGUAUCACAUUAUCAAACCGGAUGUUAUCAUUAAGUUGGAGCAAGGAGAAGAGCCAUGGAUAGUAGAAGGAACAUUCCUGCCUCAGAGCUGCCCAGAUGAGGUCUGGCAAGAGGACAACCUGAUGAACAGAGCACCAGAAGGUGAAGCUGAACGCUCAAGGCCACCUGUAUUCUGGAGCAGCAAAAGCCUGGGGAAAGAGGAAAGCAGUGUUUCUGGUAAAACUUUUAGGGUAGAGAUGAACCUUGUUCCUCCAAGAAGAAUAGCCUCUAAGUGUGACACGUGUGAAAAGAGUUUGGUCUGUGUUCCAGAAUACAUUAGCAGUGAUGGAAGCUACGCAAGGAUGAAACCCAGUGAAUGCAGUGGAUGUGGGAAGUCACUCCUCCACAUGAAGCUUCAGAAAGCCCAUCCUGGAAGUGACUCAUGUCAUCAAAAUGGAGACACUUACACACUCAAUGAAGAGAAUAUUUACCAGAAAAUUCGUAUUUUAGAGAAACCCUUUGAAUACAUUGACUGCCAGAAAGCCUUCCCAAAGGACCCAGUUUUUGUUAAUCACAUGGAAGAAAAGUCCUAUAAUUGGAAUGAGUCUGAAAUGGCCUUUCUCCAGAUGUCAGACCUCAGUGUCCAUCAGAGACCUCAUGUGGAAAUGAAGCCCUAUGAAUGCCGUGAAUGUGGGAAAUCCUUUUGUAAAAAGUCAAAAUUUAUUAUACACCAGAGGACACACACAGGGGAGAAACCUUACAAGUGUAAUCAGUGUGGGAAAUCCUUCUGCCAGAAGGGGACCCUCACUGUCCACCAGAGAACUCACACGGGGGAAAAGCCCUACGAGUGCAGCGAGUGCGGGAAGAACUUCUACCAGAAGCUGCACCUCAUCCAGCAUCAGCGCACGCACUCGGGGGAGAAGCCCUAUGAGUGCAGCUACUGUGGCAAGUCCUUCUGCCAGAAGACACACCUUACCCAGCACCAGCGCACACACUCGGGGGAGCGGCCUUAUGUGUGUCACGACUGCGGGAAGACCUUCUCCCAGAAGUCAGCCCUGAAUGACCACCAGAAAAUUCACACCGGUGUGAAACUCUACAAGUGCAGCGAGUGUGGUAAAUGCUUCUGCCGCAAGUCCACUCUCACAACCCAUCUGAGGACACAUACAGGGGAGAAGCCCUACGAGUGCAAUGAAUGUGGGAAGUUCUUCUCACGGCUGUCGUACCUCACUGUGCACUACAGAACCCACUCAGGAGAGAAGCCCUAUGAGUGCGCGGACUGUGGGAAAACCUUCUACCUGAACUCGGCCCUCAUGAGACACCAGAGAGUGCACACAGGGGAGAAGCCAUACGAAUGCAACGAGUGUGGGAAGUUAUUCUCCCAGUUGUCGUACCUCACCAUCCAUCACAGGACUCACUCAGGAGUGAAACCGUAUGAGUGCAGUGAGUGUGGGAAAACCUUCUACCAGAACUCAGCUCUCUGCAGACACCGCCGGAUACACCGAGGAGAGAAGCCCUAUGAGUGCUACAUAUGCGGCAAGUUCUUCUCUCAGAUGUCCUACCUCACUAUCCACCACAGAAUCCACUCAGGAGAGAAGCCCUACGAGUGCCGCGAGUGUGGAAAAACCUUCUGCCAGAACUCAGCCCUUAACAGACACCAGAGGACACAUACCGGAGAGAAAGCCUACGAGUGCUACGAGUGUGGGAAGUGCUUCUCUCAGAUGUCCUAUCUCACCAUCCACCACCGCAUCCACUCAGGAGAGAAACCCUUCGAAUGUAAUGAAUGUGGGAAAGCCUUCUCACGGAUGUCCUACCUCACUGUGCACUACAGAACCCACUCGGGCGAGAAGCCCUACGAAUGCAUGGAAUGUGGGAAAAAGUUCUACCACAAGUCAGCCUUCAAUAGCCAUCAGAGAAUCCACAGGAGAGGGAAUGUGGACAUAGCUGAGGUGGAAAGGAUUCUCUGAAGUCAGACCUCCACACCUGUUUGGGGUGACAAACUAGACUCUCCUGCUCGUAGUCAGAUGCUACUAUAUGAAUGGCUCUCUGGAUCCAUGGGCUUCACAUCCACAGAUUCAACCCACUAAAAGUACUUGGGGGAAAAUUCACAUUUGUACCAAACAUUACAAAUGUUUCUUGUCAUUAUACUCUAAAUGCACUAUAAGAACUAUUUACACGGCAUUUUAUUUUAUUAGGUAAGUAAUCUAGAGAGCAUUGAAAAGUACAUGGAAGGGCCAAGUGCAGUGGUACAUACCUGGAAUCCCAGAUACUCUGAACUAGAGCCUGAGAAGAUAGAGGUUCAGGGCCAGCAGUAAGUCAGUAGGAUAUCCCAUCUCAACAAAAACGCCAGGUGUGGCAGUACACAUCUGCUAUCCUAGCUGUGCAUGAAAUGUGCAGGAUUGAUUUCCAGGCCAACUCAAGCAAAAAUGAAAGCCUUGUUUAAAAUUUUAACUAAAACUGAAAAUGCUGGAGGCAUGGCUCACUG